AAUUAGCAAACCAUUAUCCAUGCAGAUCAUGGAGAUACCGCUAAAACGGAUGUACGACAGAUCACUGCAAAACAAAUGGAUCGGAGCAGAUAACAUUAUAAAUCACUUAAAUCCACAGUUAUUCAUCAAUUCUCACAAUCUGCGGACAUGGCUUCUCACAGAGAAAAUGGCGGCGAGUCGAAAAACGAGGAGUUUAUGGAUAAUAUGAUGCUUGGGCUCUGUGUGGGUCUUUUCACUGCGGUUCUGCUCAUGGCGGUGAUCACGAUUCUGGCAAUUCUUUAUAAUCGGCGGCGCCGCCGUUUUCCAAUCCAAUUCUUUAGCAAUAGGGAUGGGGAUCCCAUCCGCCUGCAAGUUUUUCCCCUCGAAAAAUCAGUUGUAGAGAGUUUUCUUGUGUUUGUUUAUCCGUGGGAGAAUUUUAAGGAUGCAGGGCUCGAAUGCGCCGUGUGUUUGCGUGAAUUUGAGGAGAAUGAGAAAGGGCGCGUUUUGCCUGUGUGUAAGCACAGCUUUCAUGUCGACUGUAUCGACGCCUGGUUUCAGUCGUAUUCGACUUGUCCUCUCUGUCGAACAAGACCCACCAUCCCUCAUGAGAAGUAAUUUAAUGGAUUUGUGCAUUUGUGCAUUGGGUGAUUUAAACAGAGGUUCAACAUUUUUGUGUCUGGUCCCUGUAAAUUGAAAGGAUUUUGUAAGGGUGAAUUCACAAUAGAUGUAAGGAUUCAGCCAUGGGAAUAUGGUUAUCAUCAUUUUCUGUCCGGUCCCUGUAAAUUGAAAGGAUUUUGUAAGGGUGAAUUCACAAUAGAUGUAAGGAUUCAGCCAUGGGAAUAUUGUUUUCGGUGAUGAUAUGGAUUUGUUGGUUUGGUUUCUUGAUUGUCCAUAUUGGCUAGCCUCUUGGGGCAUCCAAAGAAGAUUAGGGCUCAAAAAUCGGUGGAUUCAUGGAAACAAUCGGUUUUCUUUGUAACAAUGAGGUGGAUUCAUUGAAACAAUUGAUUUUUUAUCUUUGUAAUAAUGAG